AUGGUCACCUAUCAGCGACCAGAGCAGUCUGGUUUUACGCCUAAGGAGUCUACCACCGACUACACCCUGGCAAAUGAGCUGGGGGCGACACUAAGUGACAUCAAUGAGAGACUUCAGGAGAAUGAAACUACAUUGAAGGAGAAGAUGAGGGCAAUACUGCAGAUGAAUAGUUCCACAGAAAGGGAAAUACAAAAAAAUGAGAACAGCUUCACUGAUCUGAUUCACUGCAUUGAGGAAAUCAAAAGGAAAGUGACUGAGAGGAUCAGAGAACAAGAGAAGAAGGAAAUGGAGAAGGCAGAAAGAGUCAGGGAACAACUAGAGAAGGAGAUUGAGGAGCAGAAGAAGAGACAUGCUGAGCUGAAGGAGCUUUCAGAGAUCAAAGACCACAUUCACUUCCUGCAGACUUUCUCAUCUUGCUGUGUCCUUCCUGCUGAUGGAGACUCACUCAGCUUCACUGUUACAGCUGAUUUCUCUUCUAAGGAACUAAGAAAGGAACUGUCGUGUCUGAAAAAGAGUCUGGAGAAGAUCAUCCAGUGGGACAUUGUGACCUUCACGCCAUCAGGUAGUGAAACUCCAAUGUUCAUCCUUCAGCCUCCAGAACCUCACAGCAGAGACGAGUUUUUACGAUACUUUUGUCCACUCACACUGGACAUCAACACCGCUCACAGAGAGCUCCGUCUGUCUGAAAGGAACAAGAAGGUGACACGGGGGAAGAAAAAGGUUUGCUAUUCUGAUCAUCCCCUCAGGUUUGACUGGUGGGAACAAGUUCUGUGCAGAGAGGCUCUGGCUGGGACUCGCAGUUACUGGGAAGUGGAGUGCAGUGGAGAUGAGAUGGCGAUAGGAGUCUCAUAUGAAGGACUGUGCAGGAAAGGAGAAGACAAGGAGUGCGGCCUUGGAUUGAAUGACAAGUCCUGGAGUUUGUGCUGUUCUAAUUCACAAUACUCUGUGUGUCAUAAUAAAGAGGAGAUGGUAAUCAGUGCCCCCUACAGCCCAGAAUAG